CGCCGUUUCGCUGGUUCAGUAACUGCGCAGGCGCAGCUGGCGCGAGGUGCGUAGCGCGCAGAGAGCGGGAGAUAUGGAGCCUCCGCGGGGCCACUUCCCGGCCCUCAAUGCGCAGGAGAAGGCCCAGCUGAAAGCAAAGUUGGCCUUAUUGAAAAGAGAAUACAGCAAAACAUUCCACAGGUUACAGCGUGCUGAAAGAGCUGAAAAGGUGAACAACUAUGUCAAGAAAACGGUUGCAGAGAAAAACCUGUUGCUUAUGCAAGAGGAAGAUGAGGGGGAUCUUGCAGAUGGUGGCUGUUCAAAGAAGAGCACUGCAAAAUCUGCAUCAGUCACCUUCAAGCCUGAGGCCUUCAACCAAGAAGACAGCUUGCUAGGAAACUUGAGUUCUUCGUGUAGCAACCAAGACCGCAAAAGUGUUCUCUUUAGUCCUGUUCUUAAGAAAAACCAGAAAAGUUUGUCAAUAAGUAGAACCAAAGUGCAACAGAGAGCAUCUUUGGCUUUGGAGGAGAGAGAAGAAUCUACAUCGGAUGCACCUCUGAGAAAUGUGGGACCCCAGCCAGAGAGCUCCCAGGGCUCCAGGUCCCCAGUUUUCAACAGAAGUGACAGUUUAUGGACUGACCAGAGCAUCCCAGUGGCCUCCUCAGGGAACACAGCUGAAGAAGGACGAGGCAGCGAUGUUUCUCCUGUGUUGCUGCAUCUGGAAUGUUUACAGGAAACAUCUGGGCAAACCACCUUUCUUCAUGAUCCGUCGUGUGAAAGCCAGGAGUCUUCACCUGAGCAUCUUUGUGAGGAAGGCAAAUUUGAUAGCUCUGGAGGUCCAGCUGUCAAGAAUAUUGUGUCACCUGCAGACAUGCAGAAUGAAUCUCCACAGAUGGAGAAGGAGGCAGGCCGGUUUGCAGGCUUAGCUGUGACCAUUGAGGCUUCCCAGGGAGAUGCAACUUCCUCUCAAACACAUGGGGAUGGAAUGCAGCAAGAAGGCAGCCGAUGCCAGGAACCUCAGAAAUUGGAGCUCAGCGGCGGUGACGCUCCCACCAGCAAGCCCAGCGGAAAGGGUUUAGGGGAUCAGCUUGAAGAAGCUGGAUCUUCCCUCCUGGAUAGGGCUCCAGCCACACCUGCUAAGGAUGUGCUGAGCUCUUGCACAGUAGUUGAGGGGCUCCUGUUUCCUGUUGAGUAUUACGUAAGGACAACACGGCGAAUGUCCAGUCACCAGAGGGAGGUGAACUUGGCGGCCGUCAUUCAAACCCAGCUGGGCAAAAGUAGGAAAGGACAGAGAAUUGCAUGCAAGGAGAAGAGCACAGAUCCAGCCUCAUCAUCCUCCCAAGGGCUGAAAGAAAGUGGUGAGCAGAGGGAGGCUAUUCCUUUCCCAUUUCCUGAUUCUGGUGCCAGCCCUGGCACUUCUCCUCUUCAGUCUCUUUCUAAUGAGAGCACAUCUUCCAGCGGGGACCUAGUACAGAGCGAAGGCCUAGUGCAGUCCAGAAGAAAGAGAAGGCUGAGAAGGAGGUCUAAUCACAGGGCCUCAUCCUGCACAGUGGAGGACCCAGCAGAGAUCGUGGAGCUGACAAUUUCCAAGGCUGAUAGUUCUCUUGUGCCUAGUGAAGCUCAGGGAAGGAAAGAAAACCACCAUGGAAGAGACAAAGCCACAGUGCUUUACAUGACAGCUGGUGGCAGCGUGGAAUCCAAGCAGAGUGGCAGAAAAUGGCCAGCAGAAUCUGCACUUUCUGCUUCCACACACCCUGAGACUGUUUUAGAGACUGUCCAUGUCUCACAGGCGGUGAACUCAAAGGACAGUGUUCCCUCCAGCUUCAUGGGAAGCCUGGAAGAAAAUGACAAGACAUGUUGUCCUGACAGUGGGUCUCCUGAGCAGGCUGGGAAUCGGAAUAACGCGGGGGUCAAUUUGGCACAAGUGGAUAGAGUUGCCUUGCCUCACUAUGCAGCCCUAGUUGCCUCUGUGAAAUGCAAGCAGAGGGGAGCAUCCCGAGGUAGAAGGAGGGCCAGCCUGCCUGUGGAAUCUCAGGAUCCUGCCUCACUUUACCUCUCUGGGACAGGUUCCCCCAAAUUGUCCCUUCCUUUUCAUGGCAAGAGAAGUAAGCUGUCCAGUCUUGAAUGGCUGCCCUGUGGCUUAGAUCUCCAAGAAUUCCACCUACCUGAAGAUGAAUUUGGGCUCCUUAAACUGGAAAAGCUCAAAGCCUGUGCUGUAAAUCUGCCGGAGACUUUUGACACUGGCCAGUCAGCCAAGUGCCUCCAGGACACUAGUGGGGCUGGCUUUGAGAAAGAUUCAGCACUAGGAGAGAAUCCCAUUUCCCUGGAGAAAGAGCCACCCUUUCCAGUGGGCUCCCCUCAGAAAGCUCCUCUGUCAACUGAGUUGUUCCUCUCUCUAGCCCUGGAGGGUGCCAGCAGCCUCCCAGAGUCCCAGCUGCCUACCCCAGUUUUCCCCCGUCUGGGGGCAACCCCAGCCUCCCAGGCCUUGCCAGGCACACCUGGUGCAUUUGCUUUGCAAGCUCAUGCCAGCCCUGAGCCAGGGGACUCUGCAGGUAUUUCUGCCUUGCCCAGGAGCAGGCAAGAGGAAGAAGAGGGAGGUGGCGGAAGGAUGCCCUCAUGGUCACAAGGCCAAAGGGAAAAGAGCUGGAAGCCUGAUGAGGACAUAGCCAGCUUUGAAGAAGGGCAGCUAUCGGCUGGCGAGUCUGUUGAGUGUUACAAGGAAUCCCCCAAACAGGAAGAAAGAGCAGAGGAGCCUCUGAACAAAGUGGCUGUAGAAGACCCAGUGGAGGACAGCCAGAGAAAAGGGAGCUUGCAAAUGACCUCAACACUAAAGAGCUGCUCUGCCUCGUGCUUGGUGGACAUGGGCACCGUGUGGUGGGAGGCCGCUGACUUCACAGCACUGUGUGUUGUGACAGCUUGUGAGGCUUCCGUUUCCCUCUGGAGGCAUCUGGAGUCCGGCCACUGGGGCUCUGUGCACACAUGGCACUUUACAAAGGUUCCGGUCAUUCAGAUUGUCCCCCUGCCGGGUGUCCAGAGCCUUGUGUGUGUUGCAUUGGGAGGACUGGAGAUUUCGGAGAUCAGGUUCUUGUUUUAUUCUUCUGAAGAUGGCUGUGUUAAGCAACCCCUCGUCAAAACUGGAAACAUAAAUGCUGUUCUUGGACUAAAGAAUAGGAGGCUGGUCAGCAGUUGUGGGUCACUCCAAGACCAAGAAGUGGAAGUCCUCUCUUUCUCUGAGACAGGAAGGAGUAAAGAGAGGCAGGCUUUGAUGCCUCCUGAAGAGACUGUUUUGGCUUUUGCCGAAGUGGAUGGGAUGCAGGAGGCUUUAAUUGCCUUGACUACCACAGAUUGCUUGGUGGUCUGGAACUUGACAACUGGGCAGCUGCUGAGGAAGGUGCCUCUUGGUUUUUCCUACCCAGGAUCUGUGUGCCACAAGGUCUAUUCUGACUCGGGCCUCCUGUUCGUAGUUCUGAGCCACCCGCAUGCCAAGGAGAGCAAUUCAUGUGUGAACCCUGCCUUCCAGGUGGUUGUGCUCAACCCCAAGACAGCAAGGAGUGCCAGGCUGAUGUCCUUAUCCCUUCCCCUGGGAAUCACAGGAAGGUACUUGGAGGGCGAAGUGAAGGGUGCUUCUGCAGCAGCUGUGCUAACAUCUGGAAACAUUGCUGUCUGGGAUUUAUUUUGGGGGCAGUGCACGGCUCUGCUGCCCCCCGACUCUGAAGGGAGCUGGUCUCUCGCCAGGUGGUCUGUGACUGACACUUGUCUGCUGGCUGGGCAAAAAGAUGGCAGUGUUUACAUUUACAGUUACACAACAGCGUUGAGGGACUCGCUUGGUUAGAUGAGUUAAUUUGGACAAGAUUUCCUGCACUUGAACAUGUAAGGACUAGUGGAUCUGUUUCUCCAAAAAGUUGAAUGCUUUCAGGGAUAAACCAAUUUCAGAAGUGUUAUGAAGUGGCCCUAGGAGAAAGUUGUAUUCUGUUUAUUCUGGCGUUGCCAGUACAGUUGUGCCUGCUAGGGCCAAUGGUAGUUUUAUCCCAGAACAUCAGGUUGGUGAAGGCUGGUCUCAGGAAUUGAUAAUGGGCACAAUCCACUUUUUCUCUGCAUACCCCAAACAUUUUCUCUGCAUACCCCAAUGGGCUUUCCUGGGCACAGUAUUGUGCAAAAUCUAUUGUUCUUACUGUUCACCCUCUUGUGCAGGCUUUGAACUGUUAAAAACAUUUUCUGGAGUGUCCUAAAUGUAAUAUUAAAAUUUCUUUUUCAAAAAAUGUAUAAAGUUUUCUAGGUGAUGUGUUUAUUUCUAAACACUGGAUGUGAGGGACAGAAGCUAUAGACAGCCCCCUCCCAUCUUAAACACAAGCUCUUCGCCCAGCGCAAGUGGGAGCGGGGAGGGGGAUGUUUCUAGCGGGGAAUCAGGAAGUAGGAGCCCGGGCUCAGGCAAGGUAGCCGAGCCAAGGUGCCGCUUGGGAACGGAAGGAGGAAGCGGGGAAACUGCGGGAAGAAGACCGAUCCCAGCGACCCCGGAAUUGCGCAGGAAACGACGUGGGCGGAGAUUUAGUAUCCCCAGGCUACUUUGCUGGAGGAAAACACGGGAAUCUCCAUUCGGAGGUUCUGCACCAGACUGACAGCAUGUACAUAGCACUGUUUCAGCACUGUAAAUAGACUGCACUAAAUAAAAGGAUAAAAAUGCAGAGCUGUGAGGAGUCGUUACUCUAGAGUAGCCACCAGCGCCACUGUGACACUUAUAAAUUGCCUAAAAUUUUCCAAGUGCUGUAGGUGUAUCAUUGAAAGAUGAGACAGACCAUUCACCCAGCCUCACAAUGGUAAUAGACACAAUAGAAAAGGAAGAAGUAAUAGUCACAAAAGAAAAGGAAAAAGGAAUGGGGAGGGAAGAAGAAAGCAAGUGUUGGAGCAGCUAAUCCUUUACUGCCCAUUAUGAUGUCUCCCGCUCAAUAAUUACAGUAUCCUCCUGGGCUGCAGAGAAUGGUCUACAGAUAGCUGGCAUGAAAGUGGGAUGGAGUACAGUGCUACCUUGAUUCUCAAAUUUAAUCCAUUCUGGGAGUCUGUUCAACUCCCAAAAUGGUUUGAAAACCAAGGCGUGGCUUAUGAUUGGCUGUGGGAACUUCCCGCACUCAAUCGGAAGCCGCAUCGGACAUUCAGCUUGCUUUCAGGCCAAGGUAGCCGGCGUUUGCCUAUAGACAGCUUUCUGACUAAACCACAAGCCAGAGUGCACGGAAACACUAUUUAUCUUCCUGCUGCAGCGGUAUCUACCUGCACUGGCAUGCUUUCGAAUAGCUAGGUGGGCAGGAGCUGGGACAGAGCAACGGGAUAUCACCCUGUCAUACGGAUUCAAACCGCCAACCUUCUGAUCGGCAAGCCCAAGAGGCUCAGUGGUUUAGACCACAGCACCAUCCACGUCCCUUACCAGUAAGCAUGGCCAAUCACCAGGGAUGUUGAGAGUUGUAGUUCAGCAACCUCUGAAGUGUCAAAGGUUCCCCACACCUCUACAUUGAUCAGUGGGGGUGGGAGGCUUGUGUGUGUGUGCACAUGCACACAUGCACUAGAUAGCUACACCCUCUGCAGGCAUGUGUUCCCCAAAAGGGUUUCAUCCUGUCCAUGUGCCCUGGAGGCUGACUUUGCUAACUGGUGGCAGGGUUUUAGGUAGGAGUCUCCCAGGUCUUCCUGGAGAUGCCAGCCACAUAACAUGCCAAAAGGCCUAGAUUCAAAGCAGGCAUCCCCAAACUGCGGCCCUCCAGAUGUUUUGGCCUACAAAUCCCAUGAUCCCUAGCUAACAGGACCAGUGGUCAGGGAAGAUGGGAAUUGUAGUCCAAAACAUCUGGAGAUUGGGGAUGCCUGAUUCAAAGUAAGCGCUCUACUUCU